AUGAAAUUUGUCGGAUAUGCGGAUAUAAUUGGAGGACCACAUAUGUUUUUGCGCACAAAAUUCGUACGGCUAGAUGUGCCUGAGAAGGAAGCGAGUCCCAGGGAGCCGAAGGAACCAAAAUCGAACUUGGAAGAGGUGUCUCCGAUUAUGGAAGUGGAGGCAGAGAUCCCUGAACGUAGGGCUUCUCAGAGCUCCGAUCCAGCGCAACCUGUGGCUUUGGAGGUGCAGACUCAGAGGGUUCUUUCAAAGUAUUUGCUGGGCAAAGGGGAUGAAGCUUCGACCAAUCCGACCGGAGAAACCUUGACCGUGGAGCUUGCAUCCUCAACCACUUCGUUGGCUACACCACGACUCAAGGAAGUCUCGCAGCCAUCAAACACACCGUCAGCUACAACUUUGCCCGCUGCAUCUCCUCGCAGAAGUUCCAUCUCCAUGUCAUCACCAAAGUCGGCUGGAGACGAGGCGGACGCCGUGUCAGAAUCGACUGCUGGUGCGAGCUCAUCGAAAUCGCCUCCAUCGCGAUCAAUGGCCCUGGGUGGACCAAUGUUACCCACCCACGAUCUAUCCGCAGCCCCAUCUUCUGUGCACAAACCGAGUGAACCGGUCGUUCCAAGCGAGCGUUUAACACAGCGAGACGCAACCACAGUGCCGGCAACGACAUCUUCAUCACGCACGUCAAACAUCAAACCUUUCAGCGUAUCCGACGAUGUGCCACCUACAAUGCCCACUCAAGGUUCUCCGAUGAGGAAAGACAAAAACAAACAGCACACCUCAGGAAGUGUCCGACGGUCUGGCGCCUUCUCCGACGACGCAUCCUCCUCUUCCUUACCCCCCAUAACUCCCAACGUCUCCACAAAAACGCCGCGCUCCAAACCCUCCGCGCGCCCCAGAAAGCCCAUCGCCAUCGAGCCUGACCUAGUGACAAUCGCAUCCAAGGGUGACACGUCGGAAGGCGUUGUGGCACAUAAACGCAGCACGGAUCCCACUCGGCGACGCUAUCAACGCAAACGCCAGACGGUCGUAGUCGCGUUUGAAUUUUUGGAAGUACCCGGGAAGUGGUUUUUGUUGCCCAGGGAUGGGAUUGUUGAAGUCUCGGCGAGGAAUGAGAUUAGUCACAAGGGUGACAGUGCGGAGACGCUUGAGAUGUUGAUGGCAGUGUACCUACCACCGUUCAGGGGCGGGAGACCGCAACCGAUGCAAGGCGUCGUCCUGCAACUGAAGAACGUUCAAAAACCGGUCUCGGAUCUGAUCCAGGAAGCUAAUCUCGAGAAACCGCAGGUGCUCAAGAAGUUCAGCAAAAAGAUGACGCAACAACCCCUCCAUUUCUCCGGCCUCCUCCCCACCCACUACCGUAACAUUCCCCUCGGCAGCGACCUCGCCAUUGCCGUCGGUAGACAAAUCGGGGGCCCACUGCCCCCACGACGGAAACGGGUGGUGGGUGAGAGUAAUGGGAGGACCGCGGCAAGGAGGGUGUCGAAGGCGAGUGCUGUUGUGGGGGAGGUACGGAGUGGGACGGUGAGCCCGGGGGAGGUCGUUGACGUUGGGGAUUUGGUUGGCGAGUUCAGGGAGGGGGUUGAUGUGAUUGGCGCUGGGGGUGAAGUGGAGGCGGAGAAAAUUUCGGUGGGAGGGUCAGUUAUUGAUGUGGAAGGUUUGUCGGAUGAGGGGGUGGAUGGGACGAGAAGUGGCGUUGUGGAUUUCGAAGGGGUGAAGGAUACGGCGAGGGCGGAUGAGAGUGCGGCUGUGGAGUCGCAGCGCGGGCAGGAUAUGGAACUCAGGGAUGCACAGAUUGAGGUGGCGAAAACAGCAACAGCAGAACAGUCUGAGGCGGCGCCAUCGCUGUCGGAGGCUGUGAGUUCCACGCUUCUCGCCGAACACUCGGCGACCGAACCACAAGCUCAUGAACAGACGGAAGUGCCUGACGCCACCCCUACGCUCGACACCACAUUACAAGCAUCCCCACACCGCCCCAACCAGCCCCACCACCGAGCCUCCACCCGACCUCGCCAUGCGCCCUCCCGCGCCCUCUCACCCUCCCCACCCAAGAAAACAGCUCGAAGCAGAAGCAAAACAACCGCAGACGAACCAAGCAUUGCCCAUCGUCUCGCGAAACCCACUACCUCCAAACCAACAACAAACACAAAACGCAAACGCCUCUCCCACUCCGCCCCCGCAACACCGGUAACAGGCUCACCCCCAGCAGCCAAAAGCGGAAGUCCUCCCCCGCCAACAAAGCGGCGAACCGCCAGCACCCAACGCCGCUCCAGCACUUCCCACACAACUCCCCACAACAACGAAGGAGACACAAGGACAGACAGGAAAUGCGUCCACUGCAACGGUAACAACACCCCUAUGUGGCGCCGCGGCCCGGACGGGCCCAAGACGCUGUGUAAUGCGUGUGGGGUGAAGUUUAUGCUGGGCAAGCUGGAGAGGAAUAAGAAGGGGGUUUGGGUGGAAGGGAAGAGGAAGGUUUGGCCGAAGGGGGAAGGUGAGAAGUGA